AUGAGCUCAAGUCACAAGCUUCCCUCUUCACUUCCAACUUCUUCAUUGCAUCUCCUUGCACUCUGUAGGCCUACCAUGAAGCCCGCAGACGCUACUUUCAUCAUAUCCGGCGGAUGCUCAGGACUAGGGCUUGAAACAGCCCGCGAGCUCCACCGCGCCGGGGCUAAUGUACUGCUGCUGGACUUGCACCCAGGCCUGGAUGAGGACGUGGUCAAGCAAUUCGGCGCCGACAGAGCGAAGUUCGUGGAAACGGACGUCACCGACACAUCAAGCGUUCAAGCUGCCGUGGCUUCCGGUGCAGACUGGAUCAAGCAGACUGGGAAGCGGUUUGGAGGAGUUGUUGCGGCUGCUGGUGUUGGGUUACCGUCCAAGAUCUACGAUGCACGAUCAAAAUCCCCAGUGGAACUCUCAAACAUCGACUUCGUCCUGAACGUGAACCUCCGAGGAACACUUGAUCUUCUCCGUCUCAGCAUCCCCCAUCUAGUUCAAAACGAACCUUUCACCAGCGACGGAGAACGAGGCGUGCUUAUCUUGGUAUCGUCGUCAGCCGCCUUCGACGGCCAGCCCGGCCAGGUUGCCUAUUCCGCGUCAAAGGGUGCGAUUGCUUCGAUGACGCUUCCGCUGGCCCGCGACGUUGCUAGAUACGGUAUUCGUGUGGUCACCAUUGCCCCGAGUCUGUUUGAGAGCAACAUGACCAAGGCUCUCCCCGACAAGGCGCGCGCGAGUCUUGAGCGAGUAAUGGAGUUUCCGCGCCGGGCGGGGAAGCCUGAGGAAUUCGGACACAUGGUUAUCUCGAGCAUUGAAAAUUCGAUGCUGAAUGGGACUGUUAUACGCAUUGACGGGGCUAUGAGAAUGCCGAGCAAAAUGUAA